GUAUUCCGUGCAGUGGUGCGGAAGCACCACUUUAUCGACGAUAGCUUGUCACUGUUGGCUGUGUACUGGAGCGUCGUAAGAUCAUCUUGACUUCUUUCGCGUCUUCAUUCUGCAUCAAACAUGAGUUGUGCUGAACCUGAAAGUCCGCCCUUUCCUUAUUGGGUCAACAAGCAGUUCAUAGAGUCUGUGCUGAAUAAUGGAAAUGAGGGGACCGCGCUGACGGUGAAAAUAUUCGAAUUUGACUCUGCCUCCAAGCGGGGCAUGAACUUCUCAAGCGACGUGAUCAGAAUUGUCGCGGCUGUCAGACCUGGAGAAUCCGACGCCUAUGAAAAGAGGAGCUUCGUACUGAAGUACUUGGAGAUAGAUUGGGAAAGGGAAGACGUCCCAAAGGACUUCCAGACGGAAACAAUUGCGCUGGAUGAAGUGAUGCCACAGGUACAUAAACUGCUGAGGAGUGUGGAGGGCGAGGCGUUCCGGCCUGUGGCGCCGCUCUGCCAUGUGGCAGGCAGUACGCCCUUCCCGUUCCUCGCCAUUGAGGACCUCUCGCCGGCGGGCUUCAGCACGGCGGAUGCUGCACUCCCUCUGGACUACGAGCAGUGCGCAGCUGUGGUGCACGCCUACGCCCGCCUGCACGCCGCCUCGGCGAGAGUCCUCAAGGACCGGCCACACUACAAAACGCUCUUUGAACCAAAGAAUACCAUGAAUGAGGGUCUGCAGGAGUACUACAGGCAGUUCUCCGACCAUCUCUUCAAAGCCGUGGCCCGGCAGCUUAGAGCUCACAGUGGGUUCGAAAGCUACGCUGAAAAGUAUGAACGGCUUGCAGAAAAAUUCACAAACGACUUCUUCAGCUACUGGAGGUCAACGGAAAUAAGGCUGCCAGUUAUUCUGCACGGCGACUGUUGGAAGUACAACUACAUGUUUGCAAAUGUGGAUGGAAAUAAUAUAGAUGUUAGGCUCAUAGAUUUUCAGGGCAGCAAGGUGCACAGUGGGGCAGCGGACCUGCUGCACUUCCUGUACAGGAACGCCAGCGUGGAGGUGCACCGCGACCACCUGGACGCUCUGCUGGCCGACUACCACGGCACGCUGGUGGCGCUCCUGCGCCAGCUGGACAUGACUGCCGAGGCGGACAGCUACCCCCUGCAGGCCCUCGUCGACGACGUGCAGGCGGCCGGCGCCUGUGCCGUCUACUACAGCGCACUGAGCCUCAUGUCGCUUACCUCGCACAGCCACACUUCCGAGUGGGGGAAGUUUUUCCAAAUCGCUGACGGCUCGGCGUCUCUCAUGGAAGAUGUUUUCAGAAAUCCCCAUUAUGUUUCGUGUUUGAAAUACCUUGCACCUGUAUUUGACAGAAAGGGUCUUCUAUGAGCUAACGUAAGAGCAGAGUGGUUUGGUGAUGAAAGACCCUAUACUGACUAGAACAGUGGUUCCAACCUCUCUUAGACCAUUACACCUGAGUGCAAUCAGACAUUAGGUAGAACCCCAUCCCUUCUACUCCCCCCCCCCCCCCCUCCCUGCUGUCUGUUGCACCCCAUUCCCCCACAUUAGCACCAACUAGCACCUAACUAAACUGUAGCAUGAAAGUCUUUUCUUGGAACACUUUUAUUUUUGAAAUUAUGAAAGAUGAAUGAUGUUUUGUGUGUGCGUGUGUGUAUGUGUAUUAGGAGGGGUGAAGAAGGAAUUCGUGAUGCAUCGCAAGUGCUACCAAUAACUCCUUCUCAGGUAAGAAAGCUAACUGUCCAUAGUGGUGAACACUUGUUACAAAACAUACUUCCUCUGCGUUACCCCUUUCCUUUGUGGCACUUGCUUGGCCUACACACUGCAGUCUCAUUUAAAAUCAAACAGGGGACUAAUGACCACAGCAGUUGAGUCCCAUAGUGCUCAGAGCCAUUUCAAAAUCAAACAGAUUCAGACCUGUGCACUAGGUCACCUUACUGCUGCAUUCCCUACUUUUGAAAUGGCAGAAAUCGGACGACUUCAGAUGUUAAUGCUUUGUGCCUAACCAGUCUGAUAAUAAUAUCACCGUGUACAGCACUACAGUAGCGCUUAUGUAGUCACUGCUGUGUCGUGCUGUCAAUUAAUUCAUUUAUCUCUCACGAAGCGAGUAAUGGAGCAAUUUCUGUACUACUGCAGUUAUUGAAACUUGCUGGCAGAUUAAAACUGUGUGCCGGACCGAGACGCGAACUCGGGACCUUUGCCUUUUGCGGGCAAGUGCUCUACAAUCUGAGCUACCGAAGCACGACUCACGCCCGGUCCUCACAGCUUUACUUCUGCCAGUAUCUCGUCUCCUACCUUCCAAACUUUACAGAAGCUCUCCUGCGAACCUUGCAGAACUAGCACUCCUGAAAGAAAGGAUAUUGCGGAGACAUGGCUUAGCCACAGCCUGGAGGAUGUUUCCAGAAUGAGAUUUUCACUCUGCAGCGGAGUGUUCUCUGAUAUGAAACUUCCUGGCAGAUUAAAACUGUGUGCCCGACCGAGACUCGAACCAGGACCUUUGCCUUUCGCGGGUAAGUGCUCUACCAUCUGGGCAGUUAUUAUCUACAACUUGGAAAAUAAUUUUUUUGGGAUAUUUAAUCUACAACUUGAAAAAGACAUUUUCUUGAGAUAUUUAGCAUUUGUUAUGUGUACGUCUCACUUUUAUCAUCAACGAUGUACGGAUCCAAGCACAACAUAUGUCUGUAGUGGGUCGACUAUGUGGGGAACCUGGAACCUCCACCGUAUAUGCUUCUAGUUGAUAAAAAGUAAUUAUUUAUAACGUACUUAAUAAACAUUAGAGUCUUACAGAAGUGUGAUUAAUGGUAAUGAUACUUGAAAAAUGAUCUGAAACAGAAUCGCAUUGUUUAGUUUUUACCCCUCAGAAAAUUUCAGUUGACCCCUCAGGGAGUAAUUACUCCCAGGCUUGAAACCUAUGGGCUAGAAUGAUAAGUGGUGUCAACGUUAUAGAUGUACUUUGUACUGUGUUCUGUGAUGUGUUACUGUCACGAUUUGGAUGUUAUGCAAAUUAUGGAGGAAAUACUGAUAAAUAAAGACUUCGAUUUCACUAUA